GCCAAUUUCACACCGGUGCGCUUUUUUCUAACGAUGAAAAAAGGCUCCCGAGUCCCGCCGGACACAAGUCGAUCCUCCUCGGACGUAGUGUGGAGCAGCAACCAGGAUGAUCCCAGUGGGUGAAUUCAGAAACUUUGGCAUUGAGCAGAACACAAAGUAUCGGAUCCUGAAACCGUGGUGGGAUGUUUUCUCAGAGUACCUGUGUGUUGCUAUGCUUAUGAUUGGAGUCUUUGGGUGCACCUUGCAGUUCACCCAAGACAAGAUCUUUUGCCUGCCCAGCCACUUCAGCAGCCCGACACCUGAAGCAAUUGACUGCAGCCACAUCCAGACCUCCAGGGAGAACGAGACGUCGCAGCACACACUGGUCAGACCUGCAAAGCCCAUCAUCCAGGAGAUUUCUGGUCUCAAGAACAACCUGGACAUCCACCAGUACGUGUUUAUCAACCAAUAUUGCUAUGAGAGGUUUGUCCACUGGUACGCAAAGUACUUCCCAUACCUUGUUUUGAUCCACACUAUGAUCUUCAUGAUAGCAAGCAGCUUUUGGUUCAAGUUUCCUGGGACCUCUUCAAAAAUUCACCUCUUUGUUACCAUCCUUGGGAAGUGCUUUGAUUCGCCCUGGACCACAAGGGCCCUGAAUGAAGUUUCUGAAGAAAGAGGAGAAGAGAAACUGGUUAGUUUUAGGAGGAACACCAUGUCACAAGAGUCCACAGAUCAACAAGCAGAGGAUGUGGAGACUGUGGGGCUUCUCCACUCCUGCUCUGUCAAGUCUAAUCCAGAAAAGAAAAGCCCAGAGCCUCAGUCGGCCCCCAAUGUAUUGGAUAAGAAGGAAGGAGAGCAGGCCAAAGCUCUGUUUGAAAAGGUGAAGAAGUUCAGAACUCAUGUAGAGGAAGCAGACAUCUUGUAUGUCAUGUAUGUGCUACAAACGUCACUAAAAGUCUUCAAGUUCGUUUUAAUCAUUAUCUACUCUGCAGUGUGGGUACGCAACAUUGAGACAAUAGUGCACUGUUAUGUUCCUCCUGAGUUGACUGGUUUUGAUAUAUUUUGCUGUAACCACAACAAAGCCCAUCUUUUCUCCAAGCUUGCCUACUGCUAUAUCUGCUUUGUGGGAGUGUAUGGACUUCUGUGCAUCUACACCCUCUACUGGCAGUUUCACAGACCUCUGAAUGAGUACUCCUUUAAGCAGGUCCGACUGGAGACUGGCAUUAAUGACAUACCGGACGUGAAGAAUGACUUUGCGUUCCUCCUGCACCUUGUGGACCAAUAUGAUCCUCUGUACUCUAAAAGAUUUGCUGUUUUUCUCUCUGAGGUCAGCGAGAGCCAUCUCUAUCAGGUCAACCUCAACUACGAGUGGACUGCCAAAAAGCUGCGUACCCGCCUCGCCAGGAACACAACUAACCGGUUGGAACUCCACCUGGUAAUGUUGCCGGGGCUUCCUGACACAGUCUUUGAGAUUCCUGAAGUGGAAUCGCUCAAACUGGAGCAAGUUAAAAAUGUCACCAUCCCAGCUAGUGUGGCAAAGCUGGACUCUCUUCGCGAGUUGUCGCUGAUCUUCUGCUCUGCAAAGCUCCAGCUGCCUGCCCUGAACCACCUCAAGGCACAUUUAAAGGUCCUGUGUCUACAUUUCGAAAGUUUAGAAGAGUUGCCUAUGUGGAUGUACAUCCUGCAAAGCUUGGAGGAGUUACAUCUGAAUGGUCCUUUAACCAAUGACGUGUCCAGAAGUGCCACACUUGACUCACUUCGAGAGCUUAGAGCUCUAAGAGUCCUCACUCUCCGCUCCAACCUUACUAAGAUUCCGCCCAGCGUAGUGGAUGUUGCGUUGCAGCUGCAGCGGUUGUGCAUCUAUAACAAUGAUGUCAAGCUCCAAGCUUUUAGCAGCCUGAAGAAGUUAACCAACAUAGCCUCGCUUGAGCUAGUGGGCUGCAAGUUGGAGCGCAUCCCAAGUGCUGUCUUCAGCCUAAACAAUCUGCAGGAGUUGGACCUGAAGGAAAACAAACUUACCACUGUGGAGGAGAUUGUGAGCUUACAGCACUGCCGCCGUUUAGUGACACUAAAACUGUGGCACAACAAAAUCACUUACAUCCCUGAUCAUAUCAGUAAGCUGAAAAGCCUGGAGACGCUGGACAUUAGCUGGAACAGGCUACGAAAGCUUCCCUCUCGGCUGUUUUAUUGCACCAAACUCGGGCACCUUGAUGUUUCCCACAACCAUCUCACCUCUCUUCCUCCUGAGGUGGGCAUCCCACAGGGCCUCCAGUUCUUCUCCGCUGCUUUCAACUCUUUAGAGACACUGCCAGAUGAGCUGUUCUCUUGUAAAAGGCUCAAGAAGUUGGCUCUCGGAAACAACUGCCUGUCGAAUCUGAGCUCCAGAGUGGCCAGCCUGGCCCAGCUGGUCCGCCUGGAAAUUAAAGGGAACCGUCUGGAAUCUCUACCUGUGGAGAUAGGGGACUGUCCCCUGCUGAAACUCAGCGGGCUGAUAGUGGAGGACAACGUGCUGGAUCUGCUGCCAUCAGAUGUACGAAGCAGGUUGACUAGAGGCUGUCGUUGACUCAUCUUUUCUCAGUGUAGCAUGGAGGGCUAGGUGGUCUGACUGGAGAAGACAGAGUAUUAACAGAGUAUUAAUCCAUGCCACUGGGUGGAAUUUGUCAUAUAAAUCAGCAUGAAAAAGGUGAACCAAAACCAUAACUGACCACAGAAGGAUAAACAAACACUAAAAAAACGUAUUUAUAAAACCAGUCAUUCUGAAAUGUGCAUUCAAAUUGUGUAAAUGAGUGAAAAAUCAACUUGC